AUGUCAAAAGUUGCAUUGAAAGGUUCAUCUAAAUUAGUUUCAGAUUACUUUGAAUAUGCUUUAAAUAACAUUCUAUAUCAACGUGGUAUUUAUCCUCAAGAAGAUUUUAUAACUGUUAAAAAAUUUGAUUUGCCAAUGAUUAAAUGUAAUGAUGAUGAUAUUUGUAAAUAUAUUGAAAAUAUAAUGAUUCAGAUUAGAAAAUGGAUUUAUCUGAAAAGAAUUGAAAAAUUUGUAAUUGUAAUUAUAUCAAAAAGUAAUUUGGAUAAUAUUGAAAGAUGGGAAUUUGAUGUAAAAUCUGAAAAUGAAGAAAUUGAAAAAGAUCAAAUUGAAACUCAAAAGGAAAUUCAAACAAUUAUACGUCAAAUAACUUCAUCUGUUUCGUAUUUGCCUGUUUUAAAAGAUGAUGAUUAUACAUUUAAUGUUUUAGUAUAUACUGAUCCAAAUACAAGUAUACCUAUUGAAUGGAUUGAUACUGAAGGUGAUGGUAAAAUUUUACAAGGUGAUAAUAUUGAUAAUGUAAAUUUUACAUCAUUUAGUACAAAAUUUCAUCAUGUAAAUACUUCUGUAAGUUAUAAAUAUACUUAA